CCAAAGUUUAAGGUUUAAACGUUAUAAUUAAAAAUAAAAAAUGGUACCUACACUAAUAAUAUAAAUCGCGACUGCACAUAUUAUCAUUUGAUUUUUAAUAAUCCACUCAAAUGUGCUUAAGCCCAAAAUGUUGCUCAAAGCAGUUAUUUAUAUGUUAUUCAUAAUAAAUAUCAAUGUGAACGCGUAUAUUAACAAUAAUAAAAUAGAAUCUUUAUCAAUUGAAGAACAAAUUAAAUAUUAUGAAAAUUUAAUUAACAAGAAAAAUGGAAAAAGUUUUUGGUAUCAAGUGGAUGAUAAUGCUGCGAGAUACAAAGCAGACGCAUCACAUGUUGAAGCAUUUGGAGAUUUUGACUUCAUAAUUGUUGGAUCCGGAGCAGCGGGCUCAGUUCUGGCUAAAAGACUAAGUGAAAUUGAGGAAUGGAAGGUUUUACUCAUUGAAGCCGGAGAUUUACCGGACGAAACUACCCGUAUGCCAGCCUUCGCCUUAGCAAAUAUGGCUUCCGAUUAUAACUGGGGGUUCUACAGUGUCCCGCAAAAAGAGGGUUGUCAAGGUUUUGAAGAAAAGAGAUGCCAAAUGGCGAGAGGCAGAGGUGUGGGAGGUAGCACCUUGAUAAACGGUGCCAUAUUGGCCAGAUCUAACCCCAAAGAUCUGGACCAGCUGAACGAAAUUGUCGAAGGCUGGUCUUACAAGGAUAUGCUGCCUUACAUGAUGAAAUUCGAGAAACAUAAUAAAAACAGAGAUGAUGCCCCGUCAAAUCCUGAGUAUCACAGUACCAAAGGAGAAUUUCCGUCACAAUUUAACUCGAUCAAUAAUAGUAGAACUGAUGCUUUCUAUAAAGGAUGUCAGCAGUUGGGGUACAAGUACACUGAUUAUAACAGUGGCGAACAAGUGGGGUGUUCUCCCUUACAGUUCUUUAUUGAUAAUGGAAGAAGAGUGGAUGCUGGAACUGCCUUCGUCUUGCCUAUUCUGGAUAAACCCAACUUUAAACUAAUGACCAAAAGUUUGGCGAUCAAAAUAAAAAUUGAUCCUAGCAAAAAAAAUGCGGAAGGUGUUUAUUUCUCCCAUAGCAACAUGCUUUACUAUGCCGGGGUACGUAAGGAAGUGAUUUUAUCGGCGGGUGCUUUUCAAUCUCCACAACUUCUGAUGCUGUCUGGUGUUGGAGCUGAGGAGCAUUUAGAGAGUUUGGGAAUUAAAACCCUUUUUGACUUACCAGUGGGUAAAAAUUUGAGGGAUCACCAUAGUAUGUUUUUCGUGGCACAACACAAUCAAACAGAUGACAAUUUUAAGUCUGAUAUAGAAGAUAUUGAGGAUUACAUCAACGGUCAUGGUAGAUUGACGGCUGAUCAGGGAAUAGCCUCUGUACUUUGGUUUCCCACCAAGAUUCAAGAAGAUAAAACUCGACCUGAUACAGAGUUUAUGAUGAUGCCUUUUUUCUCGACAACCACCAUGAUUAACAACAACUUUCGUUUUUCUUUUUCGAGCAUCAUUGCGCAGGUUGCUGGAAUUGAAUUGGGAUCUCCAUUUAUGUUGGGAGUGUUCAUUAACUUAAAGACCAAAUCGGUUGGUAGUGUGACGCUACAAAGUAGCAGCCCCUACGAUUAUCCCUUGAUAGAUCCAAACAUAUUCGGGGACCGGGACGAUCUGGAACACUUGUAUCAAAUUUACUUGGGUGUUCGGGAACAUUUCCAUACGCCCGCAAUGCAGGCAGUUGCAGCACGAAUGACUAAACUCAGCAUUCCCAAGUGCAAUAAAUUUAGUGAAAAGUCUAGGAAGUAUUGGUACUGUGUUUUUAAACAUUUCGCUUUUCCUACAUACCACCCCAUUGGUACUUGUUCUAUGGGCACUGAUCCCAAAAAUUCCGUGACCGAUAAAGACAUGAAGGUGCACCAUUUAAAUAAUCUUAGAGUUUGUGAUGCUAGUAUUUUCCCUUUCACGCAAAGCCACAAUCCUGUUGUUAUUAUCAUGGCUGCUGCAGAAAAAUUGGCCGAUACCAUCAAGAAAUCUUAUAACAUAUAAACUCAAAUCAUCACAUCGUGAUCAAUGAUGUAUCAAACAAAAGAGCUCGUUAUAAGAAAUACAAAUCUGUACACCAGAGCCAAAGUAGUCCAUAAACCUGAUCAAAAUCGAUUUUUGAAGGAGAGAUUUGAAACGCGGCAUUUUUAUCUUUGCAUUAUAUGUUUUCUAUGAUUUGUUCUUUAAAGCUGGAUUUCUAUGAAUAAUUAUUAUAAACUUAGUUGGGCUCUGAGGUACAGAAAUAUUCUCUGCUUUAAAUCUCCGAUAGAAACCAAUACAAAAUUGCAAUCGUUUUUAAUCAUUUUACAAUUAAGUGGAUCGUUAAAUGACAGGUGCCUAAAUGACACGUGCUAAAAAGACUGCUGUCAAAAUGACAGCUGUCUAAAUCACAGGUCCCAAAAUGACACCUGCCAAAAUGACGACUGUCAUUAUACAGUUGUCGAAAUGACAUGUUAAAAUAAUAGAUGCCUAAAUGACAGCUGUCAAAAUAACAUGUGCCUAAAUGACAGCAGUCAACCUCACAGGUGCCAACAUGGCGGCUGUCAAAAUGGCAGGUGUCCAAAUUACAGCUGUCAAAAUGACAGUUGCCGAAAAACAUUGUCUGUUAUUUUUCCUUAGAAUGAUUCUAAUAGAUUCAAAUAAGUCAUUGUUACACGAGUUUUCAUACUAUUUUGUCUA